GGAUAAUCUUGAAAUUGUCAUCAAGAAGUUUGAAUCUCUUUUGGGCUCAGGUAAUGUUAGUACUUCCACAGCUGUGCGGGAACACCACGGGAAAGAUGAAGGUCCUUACAAAUCAUAUCCACCAGAUGUUGUUCUUUGGGUGUCCAAUACUGAACAAGUCAGUGCUGUCACUAGACUAUGCAGUGAGUUUCAGGUUCCUUUAAUUCCUUUUGGAACUGGUACUGGUAUGGAACUUGGGGUGGGAGCACCUUACGGAGGUGUCUGUAUGGAUUUGAGUAAUAUGAAUAAUAUCCUUGAAGUACAUCCUGAAGACUUUGAUGCUUCAGUUGAGGCAGGAGUGACGCGGCUGACCUUAAACAACUACCUCAGAGACACUGGACUGUGGUUUCCUGUUGAUCCAGGUGCAGAUGCUUCAUUGGGUGGCAUGGCUUCCACAAGUGCUUUAACUAUAUUAUAUUUUCAGAUCCAGGAUAAUAUGCUGAAUAUGGAAGUUGUCCUUGCAGAUGGAAGAGUUAUACAUACAGCAGGAAAUAGACGAGCUAGAAAAUCGUCAGCUGGAUACAAUCUUACAAAUCUUUUUGUUGGAUCAGAAGGAACUUUAGGAAUUAUUACAAAAAUUACACUGAAGCUCCACGCCACUCCAGAAACGAUGGUUUCAGCUAUUUGUCCGUUUCCAUCCGUGAAAUCAGCCGUUGAUACAACAAUACAGGUGCUACAAGCAAGCAUACCAGUGGCAAGAAUUGAGUUGAUGGAUGAAGUUUCUAUGUUUGCCUGCAACUCUUAUAAUAAGCUGAACUACAAGGAACUACCUACGUUGUUUCUGGAAUUUCACGGGUCUCCUUCUGAAGUUGAAGCUCAGGCACAACUUGUUGAAGAAAUAUCAAAAAGCAAUAAUGGUUCAGAUUUCCAGUGGGCUUCAGAUACUGAAACAAGAAAUAAACUGUGGAAAGCAAGGCAUCAGAUCUACUAUGCUGGUCUAGCACUCAAUCCUGGCUACAAGGUCAUUGUUACUGAUGCAUGUGUUCCAAUUUCAAAGCUCUCAGAAGUAGUUGUUCAGAGUAAGCACGAUAUUGAAAAGUCGGGGUUUACAGGCAUAGUACUGGGCCAUGUCGGAGAUGGCAACUUUCACUGUUUAGUGCUUUACCCUCCAUUUGAUGAUUCAGCUCUUGAGCAGGUUAUCAAUUUGAAAAACAAGAUCACUAUGAGAGCCUUGGAUGCUGGUGGAACCUGUACAGGAGAACAUGGAAUUGGAAUGGUCCGAACAGAAUUUCUAGAGAAGGAAUUUGGGCCCGAUGUUAUCUGGACUAUGCAGCAAAUUAAAAAAGCUUUAGAUCCACUAAAUAUUCUUAAUCCUGGAAAGGUUGUUUUACUGCCAGGCAUGCAUCAUAAAAUCCAAAAUAAAAUUUUAGACAGGGGUCAUAUCGGGGCAAAUUCUCAGUCCUGCCUGAUGAGGAUUAAAGGAUGUAAUGAGAAUGUCAAAGUGGAUCGCAAAAGGAAGUUCCACCUCGUUCAAAAUCCCAAUUUAACCACUGACUUUAGAACAUAGAUUUUGAUUUUCAAAUUAUUUAAGUGUUACUUAACCUGAACAAGUUUAGCUUAAGAAGCUUUACACUUACAUUUAUUGUAUAUUUUUUAUUGUCCACACAGUUGUUAUUACAUAUAUAUAUAUUUUUAUUACAGGUUAGAAUUACAAAAAAAACAUUGAUAUACUUAAAAAACAAUUUUUAUCAAGGAGACUUUUUGUUAGGAGAGCAAUAUAUGUAUCAUCCAAAACAAAAUAUUUUAUAUAAACUCUUUCAUUUUAUAAAUUCAUUUUUUGUCCCAGUUUCUUACUGCCUGAGCAUAUACUAUAUUUAAUAGUAUGUAUAAUUUAAAGUAAUUUCUUACUUAGUGUUUUAAUACAGUUUUAAAAGAGUAGUCUACAUAAUUUUAAGACAGAAGUUUAAAAUGAAAACAAAUUUUAACAUCAUUAACAUAAUUUGUACAAAUGAAACAUUUGAAAGUCAUUUGAUAACAAAUUUUUAAGAAAUUAUACAAUAAACAAAUUUGGCUGUUAUGUUAGUGUUUUUAACAUCUUCAACAUUUAAACGAAUAACUAUAAAAUGAAAUAGAGGAUCUGAGAUAACUUACAUUGUUAGUUUUAAUAAUUAAAA